GCAACUCCCCGCACCUGACCGCGGCCGCCGAGCUGGACGAGAGGCUCCAGUGGUAUUCGGCGGAGUUGCGUGACGGCAGGCUCGGAGGACCACGCAUCGACAGCCCCGCGGACCUGGACCGCGUGGUGGACGGAGUGCGCCAGCACGUCAUGGAGGCCCUGAAGCUCCACGAGUAUUUCAUGCUGGAUCAGGGAGCAUGUGUGGCAGCCUUCAAGUCCGAGGCGGCGGUCCGCUCUGAGCGGGAAGACUUCGAGGCCCUGAAGGCCGACGCGCUGCCGAGCAUCGGCGCCAAGCGGCAGGGGGUGCUCGUGUCCGGCCGCGCCCUGCGGCGCUGCUGCCGCGACGAGGGCGCGGUGCUGGACUGCCUGAAGAGGCUCCAGGACGACCUGUGGAGCGAGUGGAGCGGCGUCGAGUCUGACAUCUACAA